GUGUCCGCAGGAUGAUAACUCCAUGUUCUUUCAGUUCGGCCCCUCCAUUGAGCAGCAGGCGUCCGUCAUGCUCAACAUCAUGGAGGAGUACGACUGGUACAUCUUCUCCAUAGUCACCACAUACUACCCCGGAUACCAGGACUUUGUCACCAAGAUCCGCAGCACCAUCGAGAACAGUUUUGUGGGCUGGGAGCUGGAGGAGGUGCUGCUGCUGGACAUGUCUGUGGAUGACGGAGACGCUAAGAUCCAGAACCUGCUGAAGAAGCUGCAGAGCCCCGUCAUCCUGCUCUACUCCACCAAAGAGGAGGCCAACAUCAUCUUCCAGGUGGCGCACUCCGUCGGCCUCACGGGGUACGGGUACACCUGGAUCGUGCCCUCGCUGGUGGCCGGAGACGCUGAUCACAUCCCGGCGGAGUUUCCGACAGGCAUGAUCUCAGUGUCGUAUGAUGAGUGGGAUUAUGGGCUGGAGGCGCGUGUGCGUGAUGGUGUGGCUGUUAUCGCCACGGCAACCUCCACCAUGAUGAUGGACCGCGGGCCGCACACGCUGCUGAAGUCUGAGUGCCACGGGGCCCCGGACAAGAAGAGCCCGAUGACGGGGAACAACAACGAGGUGCUCAGGUACCUGAUGAACGUGACGUUCGAGGGCCGCAAUCUGUCGUUCAGUGAGGACGGCUAUCAGAUGCACCCUAAGCUGGUGAUCAUCCUGCUGGAUAAGGAGCGGCAGUGGGACAGAGUAGGUAAGUGGGAGAACGGCUCUCUCUCCAUGAAGUAUCACGUGUGGCCGAGGUUUGAGCUGUACUCUGGGCCGGAGGCUCGUGAGGACGAUCAUCUGUCCAUCGUGACGCUGGAGGAGGCGCCGUUCGUCAUCGUGGAGGACGUGGACCCGCUGAGCGGAACCUGCAUGAGGAACACCGUACCCUGCCGGAAGCAGCUCAAAGCCCUCAAUCAGACGCAGGACUCGGCCGUCUACAUCAAGCGCUGCUGUAAAGGGUUCUGCAUCGACAUCCUCAAGAAGAUCGCCAAGAACGUCAAGUUCACCUACGACCUCUACCUGGUGACCAACGGCAAACACGGCAAGAAGAUCAACGGCACCUGGAACGGCAUGGUGGGAGAGGUGGUGCUGAAGAACGCUCAUAUGGCCGUGGGCUCUCUGACUAUAAACGAGGAGCGCUCAGAGGUCAUCGACUUCUCUGUUCCCUUCAUCGAGACCGGCAUCAGUGUGAUGGUGUCCAGGAGCAACGGCACUGUCUCCCCCUCCGCUUUCCUGGAGCCCUUCAGCGCAGACGUGUGGAUCAUGAUGUUUGUGAUGCUGCUGCUGGUCUCCGCCAUCGCCGUCUUCAUCUUCGAGUACUUCAGUCCUGUGGGCUACAACCGCUGUCUGGCAGACGGCAGAGAGGCCGGCGGGCCCUCCUUCACCAUCGGGAAGGCCAUCUGGCUGCUGUGGGGUCUGGUCUUCAAUAACUCUGUGCCGGUGCAGAACCCCAGAGGAACCACCAGCAAGAUCAUGGUCUCCGUCUGGGCCUUCUUCGCUGUGAUCUUCCUGGCCAGCUACACCGCUAACCUGGCUGCGUUCAUGAUCCAGGAGGAGUACGUGGACCAGGUGUCCGGCCUCAGCGACAAGAAGUUUCAGAAUCCCAAUGAUUUCUCUCCUCCGUUUCGCUUCGGGACGGUCCCGAACGGCAGCACCGAGAGGAACAUCCGCAAUAACUACAGAGACAUGCACUCCUACAUGGUGAAGUUCCACCAGCGCAACGUGGUCGAAGCCCUGGAGAGCCUGAAGACAGGAAAGCUGGACGCGUUCAUCUAUGACGCGGCGGUGCUGAACUACAUGGCAGGCCGAGAUGAGGGCUGCAAACUGGUGACCAUCGGCUCCGGGAAGGUGUUCGCCUCCACCGGAUACGGCAUCGCCAUCCAGAAGGACUCGGGCUGGAAGAGACAGGUGGACCUGGCCAUCCUGCAGCUAUUCGGAGACGGUGAGAUGGAGGAGCUGGAGGCUCUCUGGCUGACGGGGAUCUGCCAUCAUGAGAAGAAUGAGGUGAUGAGCAGCCAGCUGGACGUGGACAAUAUGGCGGGUGUGUUCUACAUGCUGGGCGCCGCCAUGGCCCUGUCCCUCAUCACCUUCAUCGCGGAGCACGUCUUCUACUGGCACAUGCGCUUCUGCUUCAUGGGUGUGUGCUCGGGGAAACCAGGCUUCACCUUCACCAUCAGCAGGGAGAUUUAUAGCUGUAUUCAUGGAGUUGAGAUUGAAGACAAGAGUUCUGCGCUGAAUUCUCCCUCCGCCACCAUGAACAACACACACUCCAACAUCCUGCGUCUGCUGCGCACCGCCAAGAACAUGGCGUCUCUCUCCGGGGUCAACGGCUCUCCGCACAGUGCACUGGACUUCAUCCGCCGUGAGUCUUCAGUGUAUGACAUUAGUGAGCACCGCCGCAGCCUAGCCGGACACUCGGACUGCAAAGCACCAUACCUGCCUGACGACAACAUGUUCAGCGACUACAUCAGCGAGGUGGAGCGCACCUUUGGGAACCUACAUUUGAAGGACAGCAACUUAUACCAGGACCACUACCUGCACCACCAUGGCGGCUCUGCCCUGGGGUUAGCGGGCCCCCCGCCCAACCGGCCCCUUAGCCUGGGCUCCAGCAGCUCUCUGGAGGGUGGCAUGUUUGACUGUGAGAGCCUGGGUGGCGGCGUGGCCCCAAUAUUCACCACGCAGCCGCGCUCUGCCCUGACCCACAGGAACAUGAGCAAAUUUGACCUGCUGCAGAGCCAGACUCCUCCGUCAGGCCCGGGCCUAAAGCAGGGGCUGGCUGACCUGUACGGGAAGUUCUCCUUUAAAGGUGGAGCGUCCAGUUCAGGGUACAUCGCAGGGCAUGACCGGUACUGCGGCGGAGCCGAUGACGGAAACAUCCGCUCGGACGUGUCCGAUAUUUCCACUCACACAGUCACCUACGGCAAUCUAGAGGGCAAUGCUAAAAAACGAAAGCAGUACAGAGACAGCCUGAAGAAGAGGCCCGCGUCUGCAAAGUCCCGACGCGAACUUGAUGAGAUCGAGAUGGGUCACCACCGCCGCCGCCAGCACCACCACCAUCACCACCACGGCCACCGCUCCGCCUCACCUCCAUCGGAGCGCAAACGUGGCGGUGUCAGCUCCACCUCAUACCUGCUACAGGACAAGGAGAGCCUCAAGGAUUUCUACUUGGACCAGUUCCGGCCCAAAGAAGGUGUCCCACAGUGGGAGCAUGUGGAUUUGACAGAUGGGCCGGGCGGCGGCGGUGGAGGAAACUGCACCAGCCUGGUGUCUGUGGACGAGUUCCUGAAGAGCAAACCUAAGAAGCUGGACAGCCGGAGCGGCAGCGGAAGUGGUGGGUGGGAGUGCCGGAGCUGUCGAGCCAGCAGUGCGGGCAGCAAACCCACAGCCCUGCACGGGGGCGCCAUCCUGCACACGGGCAGCACAGCCUACGGUGGCGGCUGUGGGGCAUCAGGAGGGGUGGGCAGCAGCCGGCCCAGCUCUGCCACCUGCAUGCGCUGUGACGCCUGCAAGAAGUCAGGAAACCUGUACGACAUCAGCGAGGACAGUAAUCACCUGCUGGAGCAGCUCAGCAGCAGCCGGGGGCAGACGCCGGCUCAGCGCCGCAGGGCAUUCAGUGGGAAACCGCUGCGCCGCCAGCAUUCCUAUGACACCUUUGUUGACCUGCAGAGGGAAGAGUUAGGCGGGAUCGGUGUCCCGCUGGGGUUCGGCGGACCAGCAGCGUUGCCUCCGCCACGCAGCGUCAGCCUCAAAGAGCGGGAGCGCUGCAUGGACGCCUCCAGCCCCUUCGCACACAUAUUCGAGCAUCCGGCGGGUCCCGAGCAGGACACAGAGCAGGACCCGCUGUUCUACGGGAAGGGCUCAGGGUUCGGGUUGUACCGAGCGGGAGAGAGCACACCCCACCGCCGCUCCUUCGGGGACAGGGACCCACGAGAGCGGGGACUCAUGGAGGGGCCCGCGCACUCCCUAUCCAAAUCCCUCUACCCCGACCGCACCAACCACAACCCCUUCAUCCCCACCUUUGGAGACGACCAGUGUCUGCUGCACGGAGGCAAGUCCUACUACGUGAACACGCCGCAGCACAGCGGCCCCGCAGGAGUCAUGUCCAGCCUGGCGCCGCGCUUCCCUGCGGAGCUGUGCAUGGGGAACCACCACACCAGCAAGCUCAGCCUCGGGCCCCCGCGGCCCUUCAACGGCAGCAACGGACACGUGUACGAGAAACUGUCCAGCAUCGAGUCUGACGUGUGAGAAUCAGAGAAAGACGGAGCAUUCUGUUUGCUCUCCAGAUUUUAGCAGAACACGCAGAACUUGAGAGAAUUGAAAUGUCAUUUCCUGUGAAGUUCAUGUUUACACCAGUGUCUUCAUCUCGGCGAGCUGGUGGGAACAAGAGCAGGUCCAUCUGCCGAGCGCAAGAACAGCGGAGCAGAUGGCCACUUCACCUCCAUCCUACACUCCUCUGUGAAGAUACAAUCACGAACACCUAAUUAAUGCUUUCUGUUGAAACAGGGUAAUAACUGUACCUCAGAGACUGACUGCCGAUCUGAUCUGAUCUGAGACGGGUUUGCUCUGCUCAAGAGGCCUUCGCUGAGAUGUGAAUGUGAUGAUCAAUCCAGUCUCCGCAUCAGCCUAACGUUUCCAUGGCAACAGCCUCUCCCAUGCUCUUUACUGCCAUGAAACACGCGUGCAUUAGUGAAAGUGCACAAGCCUCUGCUGAGUUUUAUGGCUUCAUUUAUAUUCAAGUCUCCACUGCCGUGAUGUUUCAUAUAUCCCACAGAACAGCUGGUGUCACGUGACUCUGUGAGCAGGCGAAGGCUGAGAGAGCGGCGUUCGGCUCUGUAAAUACACUUCUCUUUAUAUAAGGUCGACCUUUAAUAGAGCUUUUUCAGCUACUACGAGUAACCAAAAUAAAGACAAAAACAGAACAAAAACAUAUGCAAAUUUAGCCAGCGUUAUGAUCAUAAGUGAUAUUUUAAGCGCUAGUUUGCUUUUAAACUCAUAUUAACGACUUAAUUCUGAUAGUUUAGCGCCUUCUAAGCCGCCGCUUGUCCUUUAUUCGUCUGAGCAGAGCUGCGCCGCCCCCUGCUGGACAUGUUUAGUUUAAUCUCCUUUAGUUUGCUAAGUUUCUCUGGUUUAUUGGUCUGGUCGUCCUCUAGAAGGCUUCCAGACUCUCUCACUUGUUUACUUCGCUACACCAGCGAGGACGCGCCUGAGACCCAAUGUUUAUGUAUUUAAAGCUGUAAACCUCUUCAACCGAGUAGGCAUGGGCCAGUAUUAUAAGCUUCAGACGGUGUGAUGAUCUUGGAUAACAAUAUCAGGGUUUACAGUACUGUGAUUACUGCUCUACACUAUGCUCUUUUAAAAAACAAAGAGACUGCAGUUAUUAAUAUGAAGAUGGCUAAAACUGAACUGUAAAACACUAAAAGCAAAUCACACCUAGGAGAGAUGAGCUUAAUGCUGUUUAUUUUAAUAACUCUAAGUUUAAAUGUUGGAAUGUUCUAAAUGAAUAGGGCAUAGGGAAUAGAACACAGCCAGGAACUCUGUUUCUAAUUGCAGCUCUAGAGGUGUAGCUGCAAGCACACAAGUUUAUGAUGCAGUUUGAUCAUGUUCGUUGGAGUGAUGGAUUUGGGAAACGUCAAAUUAAUGAACUAUGUUUGUAAUGACGGAACUUGCGACUUUAAUUGGCUAACGAUGGUUUUUGGAAAUGUACCCCUAGACAUGUGCCGGUAUAAGAUUCUGACGGCAUGAUAACCUUAAUAUUAACAGAACAUUUGAUAUUGUCGGAAUAUUGACGGAACAUUUAAUAUUGACGGAAUAUUGACGGAACAUUUAAUAUUGACGGAAUAUUGACGGAACAUUUAAUAUUGACGGAAUAUUGACGGAACAUUUAAUAUUGACGGAAUAUUGACGGAACAUUUAAUAUUUAUUGACGGAACAUUUAAUAUUGACGGAAUAUUGACGGAACAUUUAAUAUUGACGGAAUAUUGACGGAACAUUUAAUAUUGACGGAAUAUUGACGGAACAUUUAAUAUUGACGGAAUAUUGACGGAACAUUUAAUAUUGACGGAAUAUUGACGGAACAUUUAAUAUUGACGGAAUAUUGACGGAACAUUUAAUAUUGACGGAAU